UCUCCACGCUUUAAACAGUUUUGUCCUUCCCCGGCCACCGUAGGAUACGUAGACAGCUCCUAAACAGCCAGCUUCCAGAGACAAAAUGUCUUUUACUUUGUAUUCCCUCAUUCAAGCUGCUAUUCUGUGCGUAAAUGCGGUCGCAGUUCUACACGAAGAAAGGUUUCUGAGCAAAAUCGGCUGGGGAGUGGACCAAAGCGUGGGAGGUUUCGGGGAUGAACCAGGUAUCAAAGUCCAGAUGAUGAACCUAAUCCGGUCUGUGAGGACAGUGAUGAGAGUGCCGUUGAUAGCAGUGAAUACGGUCUGCAUUGUGCUGCUGCUUCUCUUCGGAUGACGGGACGAGCCUGAAGAUGGGACAAACCGGUCUGCUGUCAGAAGAGAGUACCAUCAUCUCAGGAAUCCCUCAGGAGGAACAUUUUAUUUCUUUGACACAGAGACGUGUACUGCCUGCUGGACUAUGAAUGCUUUCAACUGAUGAUUCACAUCACUCCAUAACAUCUUUGUCACGGCUUGUUUUAUAAAGACAAUAAUUCAAAUUAAGGAAAUGCAGCCAGUUAGAUCGGUUUUCUUCACCACUUGUUUUAAAAGUAUGUUAAAGGGUUUGUUGUUUGAAACUCCAUUCAUGUUUAAUAAAAUAUCACAAAGCAAACUAA